AUGGCCAAUAAAACAGAUGAAAAGGCACUUGACCACAUUCGUCAUGGGGGCAAUGCAAACUACAGCCACAGGCUCCGAGCAGCCAGCGUGGUGGUCCUGUACCAGUUCCUCCCUCCAGGCUUUGACUUCUGCCAGGCCAACAGUGGCCCCCUGCACCUGCUGGGCUGAAGUGAGCCAGGCAGAUGGACAUUGCCUGUCCUGGCUACUGUCCCAGACACCAGGACAGGCUGUCCCCAGUUCCGGAAGUACGAGUUUGGUGUCUGCCCGGCCAGCCUGACCUCACUGGAGGAGUCCUCGGAGCAGCUGGAGGACAUGGUGGCCUUCCUCCUGGGCUGCAGCUUCUCCCUGGAAGGGGCCUUGGAGAAGGUGGGGGUCUGUGGAAGAGAACUAGCAGGCCACGGCCACGCAGGUGCAUCCAAGACAACAGUCGCUUGUGCCGCCAUUGCUGGCUUUUGCUGCCCUCUGGUGGUCACGAUGAGGCCCAUUCCCAAGGACAAGCUGGAAAGGCUGGUGCAGGCCAGUUGCUCCAUCUGGGGCAAGCAAGGACAACCCAUUCAUAUCGGCGACCCGCAACUGUUGGGCAUCAAAGAUCUUUUCAAACCUGACUAUGAGGAUCCUGUGGUGUGUCGGCCAGGCGAUGUCCCAGUGUUCUGGCCUUCUCAGCUGUCCAGUCUCGAAGCUGUCGGCAGCUACAACCCCCCGGCUUUCACCAGCUCACCAGGUUGCACAGUUAUGACUGACGAAGAUACGGAGACUCCGGACAGUUGUCCUACCCCUGAGGGAAUUCCAGAUGUCCAUCGUAUUUCCCAAGAUCCUCUGCACUACAGCAUCGCAUCAGCUUCAGCCGUUCAGAAGAUCAGAGAAACCGAGAGUAAAAUUGCCACAGACUCAGGCAACCGGGGGAUCGGGCACCUGCUUUGCAAAGAUGAGCUGCUGAGGGCCUCUCUGUCACUGUCCCAUGCCUGCUCGGUGCUCAUCACCACCGGGUUCCCCACGCAUUUCAACCGUGAGCCUCUGGAAGAGACAGACGGCCCGCCCGGAGCCAUCGCUCUGGCCGCCUUCCUGCAAGCCUUGGAGAAGGUAGUCUCCAUGAUAGCUGACCAGAGAGCCUUGAGUUUGUACGGGGAGCUUGUGGAAGAGGCUGUUGAGCAAGGUGUUCUGAAGACACAGAUCCCAAUAUUAACUUAGCAAGGUGAAUCAGCAGGAGCUGCUUAGGCGUUUCUAUGCAAAGAUGGGGACCCCAGGUCACCUAGAUUCGACCAUCUGGUGGUGAUAGAGCGCACAGGGAGGGCCGCGGACGGCAGUCACUACAAUGCGAGGAAGAUGAACUUCAAGCACUUGGUUAAUCCCAUUGACGAUCUUUUCCUGGCAGCUCGGAAGAUUCCUGGAAUCUCAUCAACUGGGGUUGGUGACGGAGGCAAUGAACUUGGGAUGGGCAAGGUCAAGGAGGCUGUGAAGAGGCACAUACAAAAUGGGGACGUCAUUGCCUGUGAUGUGGAGGCUGAUUUUGCUGUCAUCACUGGUGUUUCUAAUUGGGGAGGCUGUGCCUUGGCCUGCACACUAAUCCUGAACUCAUGUGAAGUCCACGGAUAUUACCUGAGGAAGGCAGUUGGGCCCUCCAGAACACCUGGGGAGCAGAAUUGGACUUAGGCCCUCCCACCUGUCACUAAGGAAGAAAAAGUCUUGGGCAUCCUGGUGUGGCACAAAGUCCAGAGCGGAGUCUCGGGGAUGGUGGGCAUGGAGGUGGAUGGGCUGCCCUUCCAUGGCACCUGCGCCCAGAUGAUCCAGAAGCUGGUGGACGUCACCACGGUCCACGUGUGACCAUGUGUGUUACAGGCGUGUGGAGUGCAUACCAGAUGGCCAUGCCUGGAUCUAGGGAGGAGUUCCCUGGGGGCCCCCAGCUUCUUUCCACAAUAGCCUUGCAAAUAAACACUGGCCCUGGGCCCUGCUGACCACCAGCCUCACCUUCAUCCAACCCACUGCAUUCUGCCCAUUCCACGUGGGUUCCACUGGCUCCACAAUGAAGUCUAACUCUCAGGUUCAAAAGACUUCUGCUCCAGACAGGAUGGAGAAGAUGCAGCUUAAUAGCAAUUCACAUAAACUCAAUAUAUGUUUGCAAUGUGAUAUGCUUGCCAGAAAAGCUAAUGCAUCAGUAGGAGUACAGUGAAGUAAACGGUUCCUUUCUCCUUGCUGCAAGUCAGAAGACUUAGUCUCGCUUCAGAUCCAAGCAUCACAUUUGAAAAAGUGGGUUUUGUUCAUACGAGGUACCGGAAGAUGAGUGCUUAAAACCCAAGUGGAGGUGGCUUGAAGAGCUGUCUUUCAGAGACUGGCCAGAUGUUCACCAAUUCUGCUUCCUCUUCCUGCAUACAUAGGAAAACUACAUUCCCCAGCCUUCUUUGCAGUUAGGUUGGGGCCGUGUGACCAGAACCUAGCCAAUGGAGUGUGAGUAGCAGGGAUAUCAACCACUUCCAGACUUGGCCAUAAACCUCCCCUGAGAUUCUCUUUGUGCUGCUUCCCCUACCUGUGUGAAUGGAAGGGGAAGACUCCAAGAUAUGGAACCUCUUGAUGGGAGGAUCCUGAAUCACUGCUGUCACCUGGGAAAAGACUUGCCAGAAAGCAGCCACUCAUUGGAUGUUGCAUGAACAGGAGAUAAACUUUUACUGUUUUAAGGCACUGUGAUUUGGGGGUAUAUUUGUUCCUGCAGAAUAAUCCAGCCUUGUCUAGUACAAGCUUGGGAGGUUUAACACUGAGAAGUAGGAUAUGAGAGUUGUCUUCAAAUAUCAGUACCUGAAGAGCCAUGUGGCUCCAGAGGCCAGAAGUAAGGCCAGUGGGAAAAGUGGUUCCACUUUGGCUCAUUAGGAGUGAAGAUUUUCUGCCCGACCUUGGAAUGACUUGUCUUGGGUAGUAGAAAAUUUGUGUUAUUAGUGGUAUUUGUAGAGAAACUGGACCAUCAUUUUGAAGGGACAUACAUGGGAUCAGUCAUGGAGAGGGAAUUGGAUAUCAUGACCUCGACCGUACAUUCCAGCACUGAUAGCAAAUGUCUAAUCCAGCAGUGUCCUUUUGAGAGUUGAAUUAAAGCAAAUGGAAUUGAAAUCCCACCAUUUCCUCAGAGCGCUGGGCACCACUGUGACCCCAGGGUGAUUGCCAUCAAAGACCAUCAUCUUGCCAGAUGAAUUCCUGGAGGCUGCAGGAUCACCAGUUGUGAGGAGCAAGUUUUUCAGAAAAGCAUUGAACCAAGAGCGCCAGAUUCUGGCUCUCUCUUGGUUGUACCAGCCAGAGGAAAGCAGCAGAUGGGGAAGUAUUCUGUGCUGAAAAUUUCUCCCACUCUUGUCUGGCUAACCCACAGACCAGUGUGUGUAAACAGGAAGAUGAGCCGUCAUCUUGCUAAGCAACAGUGGUGAAUAAGAAAGGAAUCUAAUGGCUUCUGCCACCUUUAGUCCAAACCAGAUGGACCUUUCUCAGGAGAGAAAGGAGUCUUAAGUCUCAAUAAUAUCCUCACUUAGUCUGUUUAGAAGAAGGAUUGACUCUUCCGGAACACUCCAGAACUCCAGGAAUCUGACCCAGAAAGGGAUUAAGUGACCAAAGCCAAAUUUACAUUUUAAUAUGACGCAGUUAAUCCUUGGUGAUAAACAGGGAGUCUACCACUAUUGAGAAGAUGCUGCAGCCUAAAAAGUCUGGUCAACAAAUGUGGGCCUCCCCAAACAAAACCCAAGCAAUGCGGACAGCCCCGCAGAGAUGAGUGCAACGGGCCUUUCUGCUUUGACAAUCUCUAGUGAGAAGGGGAUGGUAUGGUCUGAUCAAGCCCUCCCUUGCUAUGGGAAGCAGCUACUCGGCAGGUAGAAGGGGUCAUGUGUCCAAGGACAGAGGGAGUGAUAUUCUCCAAACCACAGGCCUGGGCUCUGUCCUCAAAAGGGAGGUGGGCAAGUUAAGUCCCAGAGUAGAUUUGCAACAACAUGCUGAAGAGCUGAAGACACUGUAUGAAUCUCAAGAGGAGGGAGAGAAGACCCCCGCUUCACUUGAGGGAGUCGGGGAGCAGAAUUCACCACCUCAAGAUGUCUCUUUGGCAUGAGGAUUAUUUUGGGCUGGUUAUUUUUUUAAAAGCUACAGACAUGGGAGAAACUCUGAAUACCAAGUAGAAGUUACCCUUUGUAAGAGACAUUUACAUUUGUAAGGGAAAUCUCCAUUUGUAACGACAUCACCCUCUCUGUACCAGGAAGAGGGGGGUGACUUUAUCUCUAGAAACUCUUAUCAAUGCAGAAGACAAGGAUUUAAAUCUGCAUAAUAGACUUAUUCUUGUUUACUGUCCUUUUCUAGUAAUCUCCCAGAACUGAUGCCCCCCACCCCCAACAUCCUCCUUUACCUUUGUCUGAAGAUG